AUGGAAACUAAUACUUCAGAGUCUGCAAACGGAACAUCUUUCACACCUAUCGGCUCUGUUGGUGGUGCUGGACCCGAUGCAGAUGCGGCUACAAUAGCAGCAUGGCAAGCAGUCGUGAAAGCUGCCCAAAUAAAUGCUGGUGGUGGUUCGGCUGAUGCAAGUUCACUUAUAUCACAACAACAGUUGCAACAACAACAACAACAACAGCAGCAAAUUUUGAAUCCAAAUUGGAUGAGUAUGUUCCCUGGGAUGAUACCACAGCAGAUUCCAGUGGUGACCCCAGCUCCUCCAACACCGCAAACUGGACUUGCAGGCCUUGGCCUUGAUGCCGCAGCACUCAUGCAACUAUUAAACCUUCAGCAACAACAGAAUAAACCAACAACUGCUCCCACUACAAAAGCCCCUCCUACCACUACCCAGAAACCAAGAAGAAAAAUUCCUAUCCGACCUGACCCAAAGACUAGAGAGUUUGUAAGAAACAUGUUUAUUGAUAAUAUGGCCCCAGGCGUAGACCCUUUAUCUAUUCUUAUUGGUCUGACUCCAGAAAUGUUGAUGAAAUCUGGAGUCAAUCCUCUUAUCGCUAAUAGUGGAGAUCUCGCAAGAAUUGUUCCUGCUGUAGAAAGGGCGCUUGGAAUUUCGUUAAAACCAAUACCAGUUCGUCCAGGCCCAGGAGGCAGGGCAGCGGCAGCAGCAACCCCACCAAGUGGUUUUCAACCACUUAAUAUUAGAGGAAGGGGAGGUCCUGACACGCCUGGAUCUGCAAGGCGAGAGUUCAUGCUUCAACAGCGAAUGAUGAACGAAAUGAUGGGACUGUUAGGUCUGGGUCCUGAACCAUUAGAACCAGGGGAUCCAGGAUACCGCGGACCAGGUGCUAGAAGUGGUAGAGGUGCUGCGGGUGGACCGAUGGGCGGAGGAAUGGCUGGUAGAGGCCGCCCUCUGGAAAUGACAGACGCUCAGCAAAUUGCAAUUGAGCGGCAAAUGGCUCAAGGAAGAGGACCUGCACAUGGACCCGGAAUGGGCGGAGGUGCCGGAUUUGGGGGUGGAGGCGGAUUUGGUGGCGGACCGAUGGGUGGUGCCGGUGGCGGAAUGGGUGGAGCGGCAGGAGGUCAACAAAGCGCAUUAAAUGCUCAAAUGGAAAUGCUUGGAUUGUAA